AUGACGGUGUCUGAAUUGCCUGCAACGAGCAACCCGGGCCUGCUCAACUACAUGACCCGGGCCCUCCUUGCCGGCGGCUUCAUAUUCAUUGUCACCUUCCUCAUGUUGGUGCACUUCUACUACGCCACUGCCGCUCUGUUGGACUUGGUGGCGCUGCUCAUUCUCUUCCUCUUCCUUGCCUCCUUUUGUCUCAGCAUCAGCUCGCUCGUGAUGUUGACUUUGGUGGGCCCGGGUGAGCUACCCUCGCGGUUCUCUGCAGCGCGGAUGGAGACAUUCAUUCGUGAAGAGCUACAGCGGGCCGUGGCCAAGGCGCGUAGCGGUUGUGGCGGUGACAAGGCAGCGACAACGGCGGGGCCGGCGCGUGAGGGUGCCGCCAACGGCUGCAACAAGAACGACGGUGUUACGGAGAAGGCAAUGACGAAGGAACGGAAGUGGAGCGAUGUGGACGAGGCUGACAGCCAGCAGUUGGCGAACGUCGCCACUGCCGCAGCGAUCCUGCAGCGCAGCAGCCACGCUGCCGAGCAGGAGGUGCUAGAGCAGGCCGCCGCCGAGGCGCGGCUGCGCAUCUACGCCGAAGACAGUGACUCAGCGUCUCAUCACUCUGACGGUGGCACGGCAGCGGAAGAGUGUGAGGUGCAACGGGGUGGUCAGAGUAACGAUGCUGACAGCGAGGAGAAUGCAGCGGAGGACCACUCCGAGCUGCCGGCGUACAUGACAGAGGCAAUGCAGAUGCGGCGCCAACGCAAGGUCCGUCGAGGCCUGGAGAUCGUACUGGUGAGUCAGGCUGCCUGCAAGGUGCUGGAGGCGAUCGACGGCACCGACAUGGAUCGCAAACAGGAGGAGAUGAGCUUCCUUAUUCCUGGCGCCAACUGGUGCCGAUUCUGCAACUUUUAUCAGAUGAACGACACGCGGCACUGUAAGGUGUGCGACCGGUGUGUGUACCGGUCAAAGCUGCACUGUAUCUGCUGCGGGAGGUGCAUCGGCUAUGCGAACAGCAAGUACUACGUGCUCUUUCUCUUCUACCUGUGCCUCUCCUUGGUGAUGGCGGACGUGCUGGACCUCUACUGCGUCUCGUGGGGGUACACGUACUUCUUCAAGCCAUCAGGCGACGCCAACUCCGUUUUCUACCUGGUCUUUGUCUACAGCGCGAGCUUCGUCGUGGUUGGGCUAGGACUGCUGAUUCAGUAUCUGUAUGCUGCCGGCCGCGGAGUUGGUUUUCUCACAGACGUGCUGCGGCAGCAGCGAGACGAGCUUCAGGCCACCCGGAUCCACAACAAUGGCGAGCAGUACCAGCCCAUACUAUCGGAGAGAGCUGUGCACGUGGCCGAGGAGGGAUCAGCCAGUCCCAUGGAGGAGGCAUCGCCUUUCAGCUGGCGUACGGCCAUGGAGACCGUGGGCGAGGGAUUGCCACUGUAUCUGUGGUUCUGGCCAACUCCGACGCUGCCGGUCGUCAAGGAGACGGAUGACCCGCCGGGCUUCUGGGACGCUUUCAAGGAGGCGAUCCGCCUUCGUCUGCGGAGCGUCGCCGACGAGGACGAUGUCUUUAGUGACGAGGACGAGCUCGGCAACGGUGAGGCAGCCGACGCCUUAUCCCCCAGUGCUUCAGUGCCGUCGACUGCGAAUAUCGCGCACGUUGCUUCCUCACCUCCAGCAGCAUCACCGAUGAUACCGCUAGCGGCACGAGUGCCGUACCAUGCGAAGGGCACGGAUGUGACGGCGGAGGUGUUUCGAGCAACCGCCCCGACGGUGCCGAGAGCAGCUGCCCCGGCGUACGUGAAUCCCUCGGUACCGCCGACUGCCAAGGUGGCCUCUGUUCCCAAGCAUGGGGCGGACUGA